AUGGUUGUGCCUGUAUUGAGCACUACCGGUAUGGAGGACCACGGCCAGGACCCACGCCAUGGACAUGGUCUAGGGGAGGCUCCGCCCUCUUGCGCUCCUGAAGAGCCUGCACCAGAACCCAAACCAGUACCAGAACCCGAGCCAGAGCCUGAACCUAAACCUGAACUUGAACCACGAAUUCAAAUUGUUGAACUUCCACCUGAAUAUCUUCCUGAAGGGCAAGUUUAUGAAACAAUCGGCCCUAGUUGUGCGUGGAUAAAAGAUACUGAGGCACUUUUAAAAAUUCGAUCAGAAUUGACUUUGACAAGUUCAGGGUUCAAAGCAUCUAAAACAAAAAGACUGCCGCCGAAACCACCGGAACCAGAAAUAGAAUUAGAUUUCGCUCAAGCUAUUAGGUAUUUUGCUAUGCUCAAUCCAGAUAGGUUCCGGGAGUUGAUGAUACAGGAACGUUACCGGCGGGCACAGGAAGAGAAAAAGAGGCAAGAGUAUUUAGAUGAAAUGAAGCAGGAAUUAGAAAGACUAGAGAAAGAAGCACAAAAACGUAAGGAGUAUGAAGACAAAAUUUUAAGAUAUCUUGAGAGAAUACUAGGGAAACGGCUUUUAGGUGUCUUAAAAAAGAUAAAAGAUUCCUUUACGGCAAACGAAGAAAAAGAGCUUGAUAAUAUACAGGAUAUUAUUCCAUUAGAAGACGUAGUUUACACAGAUAGGGCGGCAGAAGCGGACCUAGACCCAGAAUUUUGGUAUCCCGAAGGAUUUAAGUUGACGAUUGGUGUGUUUGGUGGUGCAACACCGGGUAAUCCGAAUCCUAGUUGCAGAUGA